AUGAGGCACCCGAGUCACAACCAUCCUCUGCGCGUCUUCAAAGCUCAGGAAGAAGAUGAGAUCAUAUGCUCUGGUUGCGAGCUUGAGCUAACCGGACAAGCUUUCAAGUGUACAAAGUCCGACUGCGAUUACUUCUUGCACAAGUCAUGUAUUGAUCUACCCCGUGAAAUCAAUCACAAGUCUCACCCUGACCACCCUUUAACCCUGCUUCAUUCUUCACCAUAUGAUCAGGCUUACACGUGCGACGCAUGCGGUCAGUACGGAUCUGCUUUCACUUACCAUUGCUCUGAGUGCCAGUACGAUGUUCAUGUGGGAUGUGCGUUUAUCCCCGAGACCGUCGAGCGCGAAGAUCAUGAACAUGCACUCACCCUAAUUUACAACACGCCGUGUAAAGGUCGUGAGGAUGGUGUGACGUUCAUGUGUGAUGCUUGUGAAGAAACUAUGUCCGAGAAUCUUUGGGUUUAUUAUUGCAAAGAAUGUGAUUAUGGAACCCAUGUGCAUUCUUGCGCGGUUUAUGAAAAACAUGAGCCAAAGAAAGAAAGAGGAGGAGAAGAAGCGAUAUUGGAAGCUUUGAGGAUGGAGUCGUUGAAUAAUGCUCGACAAGAGUUGCAGAACAUGCGUAUUAGGAAUAAAAUCAAUAAUUCUGUGAUUCAUUUUGGUGAUGAACCUGAGCGGAGAUAUUAUUGGGUGAGAAAAUGA